GCAAAAACAUAUAGAGGAAGGAAACAGGACAUUGGGUCAGCUCAUCAUCAAAAACCCCAUGUUGUAUCACUCAUAAAAGGCUGCUGCUCAGUGCAAACCUGUUUGUCAAGCUGUUGUCAUCUCUGAAAGCUACGACUGAGCCAGUGCAGCAGUCAUGUCGAUCACCUUUGACUUUACUGACUUCUAUGAGCUACUGAAUUAUACCAACUACAGCAAUGAAACACCCUACAUUCCAAAUCCAAAGACAUUAGCAUGUGAGAUGACACCACCUGAGCCUACAGCAGCUUUAACGCUGUGUCUCAUCCUCAUCGCCACCUUUUUACUGGCAGUACCAGGGAACCUGUUGGUGGGGUGGGUGAUCGGCACCAGCAGACAGGCCCUGACUCCCUCGGAUGUGUACCUGUUUCAUCUGACCAUAGCAGAUGGUCUGAUGGCCCUCACCCUCCCGUUCGAGGCUGUGUCAGUGCUCAAAGGGUGGCUCUUUGGAGACUUCAUGUGCAAACUCCUCAGCCUCAUCAUCGAAGCAAACUUCUACACCAGCAUCAUCUUCCUGGCCUGCAUCAGCGUGGAUCGUUAUCUUGUGAUUGUGCGCGCCAGUGAGACUCACAAGAGUCGCCAAAGGGCCUUCAGCCGGCUCCUCUGUGCGUCCAUCUGGGCCCUCGGUUGGGGCCUGGCUCUGCCUGCGCUUUUCAACGAUGCCACCAAGCUCAACGACGACUCAGACAGGAUGAUCUGCGCUGAAAGCUUUGACAUUGGCAGUGCCACCUCGUGGAGGCUUGUCACACGUGGGUUCCGCCAUAUUUUUGGCUUCUUGCUCCCUCUGUUUAUCAUGAUAACCUGCUACAGCAUCACCAUCGCGAGGCUGCUGCGCACCCGUGGCUUCCAGAAGCACCGGGCCAUGAGAGUGAUCAUAGCUGUGGUGAUUGCUUUUCUGCUGUGCUGGGCACCGUACAAUAUAACCAUGAUAAUAGACACGCUCAUGAGGGCUGAUGUGCUACCAUAUGACUGUGCCAUGAGGAAGUCAGUGACCCUGGCUUUGACUGCAACCAACAAUUUGGCUCUGCUCCACAGCUGCAUCAACCCUGUCCUGUACGCGUUUGUGGGAGAGAAGUUCAGGAAGAAGAUGAUGCUGCUUUUUCAGAGGAAGCUCAGACAGGAGAGGAUGUCGGGGUCAAAGUUCAGCAGGUCGACGUCUCAGACCUCAGAAGGAAAAGGAGCUGUUCUCUGAAACCUCUGGACCUCUACAGAGCAUACCUUCAUAUUUAUUAGGUUUUUUAGUUCAGAGGACUCAUGUUUUGUUCCCCUCAUACUCUCCUGAGCCUGUGCAAUAGAUUAUAAAUGGAUCACAGCUAGUGUCACAAAAUGGACAAAUCAACUGGGAAAGGUACAUUUAAAAUAAGAUCCAAGUCAGAAAAUCUUUUAUUGCCCAGUUUAAGUAUGGUUACAGUGAUGCCUCUGAUGUUCUGCCUUUGGAUUACAUGGUACACUGCUGCCAUCUACUGAGCUUACUUGGAUUUUCAGCCUCUGGUUUAUUCAAGUCUGUGUUUGUGUUUCACCAUUUCUCAGUCAAUCAGCCUUUGUGAAUCACAGCUACUGUAUGUGCACUGUAUGCUUUCCAGUGUUUUUAACCAGGUGUUUAUGUGUAUAUGUUAUGAACUCAUAUGAGCAUUAAAUCUUAUAUAUCUUGUAUAUAUUGCUGUCUUUUUCAGUAAAUGUAAAAAGCUUUGCAACCUUC